AUGCACACUCUCCCCAAACUGGCAAUCACAGCCUUACUUCUCAUCUCACCAGCGACAUGUUUCUCAAACUCAAAACCACCAGGCAAAGAUGCCAUCCUAUUGUCGAACGUGCAAUCCCUAACACUACGCGCCCACCGCAUGACCAGCGCACGGCGCGUCUCUCCAAUCCCACAACUCAGCUGCACAGGCCCAUCAAAACGAAUAUGCAACCUCUACCAGCCUGAAACAAUGCGCUGCACAAACCAAGGCUAUGACUACGACGUCGAAGACGUGCAGUGGACAUGCACCGCAGACCUGCCGCCGGAGUUCAAGCUCGGCGCAACAGAUGUUAUCUGCGAGGGAUACCGGAACGCUGAUGAUAAGUGGGUGUUAAAGGGGAGUUGUGGGGUUGAGUACCGGCUGCUCUUGACCGAGGCCGGGGAGAAGCGGUUUGGCAAGAAAGGCGGUGAUGCAGAGUGGGAUUGGACGGGCAGGAGCCGGUCUGGAACUGGGGUUCAGAAGAUCAUGGCUGUGCUUGGGGACUUGAUCUUCCUUGGAUUCAUCGCUGCUGUUUUCAUUAUGAUCUUAUGGCCUAUAUUGGCGCAAAUUCUCGGAUGGGGGAAUCGGCGAGGCAGGGGUGCGGGUCAGGCCCCGGGGUGGGGCGGCUUCUGGGGAGGUGGUGGUGGCGGUGGAGGAGGAGGAGGAGGUGGAGAUGAUCCUCCACCUCCGUACAGCAGUUUCGAUCCUUAUAAAUCUGCUGAUCAUCAGCAGGGCUGGAGGCCGGGUUUCUGGACUGGUGCGUUAGGCGGUGCUGCAGCAGGUUAUCACAUGGGGAGACGGGCUGAUAGUGGAUCGCGAGGUGGCAUGCCGAUGGGCAGAUUUGAUGGAUAUGACCCAGGUGAAGGCAGCUCGCGCUCGCCGCCGCGGUUUUCGUCUCCGACUGCUAGUACUGGGUUCGGGUCGACAAGGCGUAGGUGA